AUGAGGACCGAGUAUCGGUUGGAAAUCAUUCGCCUUUUUCGAUUCCAGAGAGAGCACAUUUGGAACCUCAGACAAGCGGGACCAGGGUUAGUGGCAACAUUCCCACUCAACCGAAAAACCACGGUGCAAGCCCACUUCCGCUGCCGCCAUCAGGACCUUAUCAGGGGCCGAGGCCCUCAUCUAACCAGUACCGCGGUCCCCCGCAUGUUUCUUUACUAUCAGCGCCGACUCGUCCUCGCCGCGGACCUGGCCCACGUGAAGCUUGGACGGGGUCUCCGCCGGUCCUCGCGCUUCUUUUUCAUCCCCCGCACCAGGUGGCAGUUACCGACAUUCGACUACCCGGCAACCCAGCACACCAUCUGUCGGAGUCUUCCGUCACUUCUAGACCCUGCUGUGGAGAAGCGGUUGGCUCAGCUUGAUGUCGACAAAGAAAAACUUCUUGAGCAGAUCGCAGAGACGCAGAGGUCUAAGCGAGCGGAACUUCGAGAUUGGGAUCGACUGGAUCGCGAAAGCUCAAUCUGCGCCCUGAAGAGCGAGCUAGCUGAAGGCCAUCUCCAGCGAAUGGCCGAUGAGAGUAUUGGGGGCGGAAACUUGUUCUAG